AACAGUGGAUGUGACGUCAUUGACAACCAUGAAAUACGGAAAUUAGAAAUGGCUGCGAUGGGUAGUGGACGGGGGACGAUGGAUUCUCAAAAUCAAGUUCAAAGUGAUACUGUAGAUCGUUUAAAAUUGCUUUAUCCUAAUGUGAACGAAGAUGAAACACCCCUGCCGCGAUCAUGGAGUACAAAGGACAAAUUCAGCUACAUCGGACUGUCGCAAAAUAAUCUACGAGUACAUUACAAAGGUGGGACGCAGGGCCCGGGCCGCAGACCCCACCUGCCCUACCUCCACUUACGCCUCUGGAUGUAUCGGCACGGCAAGACGCACAAGGACGCGGCGAGCGUGCGCGCGACGCACCCCAUCCCCGCGGCGUGCGGCCUCUACUACUUCGAGGUGCGCAUCGUGUCCAAGGGCCGCGACGGGUACAUGGGCAUCGGGCUGUCGGCGCACGGCGUCAACAUGAACAGGCUGCCCGGCUGGGACAAGCACUCGUACGGCUACCACGGCGACGACGGGCACUCGUUCUGCUCGUCGGGCACGGGGCAGCCGUACGGGCCCACCUUCACCACGGGCGACGUCAUCGGCUGUGGCGUCAACCUCGUGGACAACACGUGCUUCUACACUAAGAACGGACACCAUCUCGGCGUCGCGUUCAGAGGACUGCCCCCCAACCUCUACCCGACAGUAGGCCUGCAGACCCCCGGGGAGGUGGUGGACGCCAACUUCGGCCAGCAACCCUUCGUGUUCGACAUCGAGGACAUGCUGCGCGAACUGCGCGCGCGGACCCGCCUCGCCAUCGACGAGUUCCCCCUCCCCGACGAGCAGGGCCAGUGGCAGCAGGUGUUACACAGGAUGGUGUCGACGUACCUGGUGCACCACGGCUACUGCAGCACGGCGCAGGCCUUCACGCGCGCCACUGGACAGCCCAUCGACGAGGACAUAGCAUCCAUUAAAAACAGACAAAGGAUAUCGAAGCUGGUGCUGUCGGGCCGCAUCGGCGAGGCGAUCGAGGCGACGCGGCGCCUGUACCCCGCGCUGCUGGAGCGCGACCACGAGCUGAUGUUCCUGCUCAAGUGCCGCCAGUUCGUCGAGAUGGUCAACGGCUCCGACUCGCAGGUAGCAGACUGUCGCAGAGAUAUCGGCGAGGCGAUCGAGGCGACGCGGCGCCUGUACCCCGCGCUGCUGGAGCGCGACCACGAGCUGAUGUUCCUGCUCAAGUGCCGCCAGUUCGUCGAGAUGGUCAACGGCUCCGACUCGCAGGUAGCAGACUGUCGCAGAGAUAUCGGCGAGGCGAUCGAGGCGACGCGGCGCCUGUACCCCGCGCUGCUGGAGCGCGACCACGAGCUGAUGUUCCUGCUCAAGUGCCGCCAGUUCGUCGAGAUGGUCAACGGCUCCGACUCGCAGGUAGCAGACUGUCGCAGAGAUAUCGGCGAGGCGAUCGAGGCGACGCGGCGCCUGUACCCCGCGCUGCUGGAGCGCGACCACGAGCUGAUGUUCCUGCUCAAGUGCCGCCAGUUCGUCGAGAUGGUCAACGGCUCCGACUCGCAGGUAGCAGACUGUCGCAGAGAUAUCGGCGAGGCGAUCGAGGCGACGCGGCGCCUGUACCCCGCGCUGCUGGAGCGCGACCACGAGCUGAUGUUCCUGCUCAAGUCCCGCCAGUUCGUCGAGAUGGUCAACGGCACCGACUCGCAGGUAGCAGACUGUCGCAGAGAUAUCGGCGAGGCGAUCGAGGCGACGCGGCGCCUGUACCCCGCGCUGCUGGAGCGCGACCACGAGCUGAUGUUCCUGCUCAAGUGCCGCCAGUUCGUCGAGAUGGUCAACGGCUCCGACUCGCAGGUAGCAGACUGUCGCAGAGAUAUCGGCGAGGCGAUCGAGGCGACGCGGCGCCUGUACCCCGCGCUGCUGGAGCGCGACCACGAGCUGAUGUUCCUGCUCAAGUGCCGCCAGUUCGUCGAGAUGGUCAACGGCACCGACUCGCAGGUAGCAGACUGUCGCAGAGAUAUCGGCGAGGCGAUCGAGGCGACGCGGCGCCUGUACCCCGCGCUGCUGGAGCGCGACCACGAGCUGAUGUUCCUGCUCAAGUGCCGCCAGUUCGUCGAGAUGGUCAACGGCUCCGACUCGCAGGUAGCAGACUGUCGCAGAGAUAUCGGCGAGGCGAUCGAGGCGACGCGGCGCCUGUACCCCGCGCUGCUGGAGCGCGACCACGAGCUGAUGUUCCUGCUCAAGUGCCGCCAGUUCGUCGAGAUGGUCAACGGCUCCGACUCGCAGGUAGCAGACUGUCGCAGAGAUAUCGGCGAGGCGAUCGAGGCGACGCGGCGCCUGUACCCCGCGCUGCUGGAGCGCGACCACGAGCUGAUGUUCCUGCUCAAGUGCCGCCAGUUCGUCGAGAUGGUCAACGGCUCCGACUCGCAGGUAGCAGACUGUCGCAGAGAUAUCGGCGAGGCGAUCGAGGCGACGCGGCGCCUGUACCCCGCGCUGCUGGAGCGCGACCACGAGCUGAUGUUCCUGCUCAAGUGCCGCCAGUUCGUCGAGAUGGUCAACGGCUCCGACUCGCAGGCGCUGUGCGCGGGCGAGCGCGCGGAGGGCGAGUGCGACAGCAACGGCGUGGCCACGUCCGUCAUCUCGCACGUGGGCCGCGCGCCGCCGCUCGCCGCCAACGGCGACCACGACCACGCCGACCACGACCACGCCGACCACCCCGCGCACACCAACGGUGUGGCGGAGGCGGAGGAGGACCCGCGCCUCAGCUGCGACGUGGACAUGCCGCCCGCCGCACCGGCAGCGCCCGCCGCGCACCCCGCGCCCGCCGCCAACGGCGCGCACGAAGGUGGCGGGCCGGUGGUGAAGGGCAUGCCCGGCGUGACGGCCAGUGUCGCCGCGCUGCUGGCCAGCGUCAGCCGCUUCGAGGGCGAGGGCUGCAGCGCGCGCGCGUCGGUGGAGCGCAUGCUGGCGUUCGGCCGCGAGCUGUACGCCAUGAGCCAGAAGCUGCGCCAGGACCACUACCACAAGUCCAUGUUAGAAGACGCGUUCAGUUUAUUAGCGUACAGCAACCCGUGGGACAGCCCCAUGGGCUGGCAGCUGGAGCCGGUGCGGCGCGAGGCAGUCUGCGAGGCGCUCAACUCCGCCAUUCUCGAAUGGCAAGACAUGCAGUGGGUGUCGCCGGUGGAGGCGUGCGUGUCGCACUCGCGCGAGCUGCUGCGGCGCAUGGCGCGCGCGUCGCUGGGCGCGUGCGCCUUCGCCGACCUGCCCGCGCUGCUGCGCCGCUGACCCCGCGCCGUGUCCCCGCGCGACCGCCACCGCGGCUCGCUGCUGCGCGUGCUGUUCGCGCGCAGCCCCGACUCGCCGCCCUGCAGCCCCGAGCGCAGCCCCGAGCGCAGCGUGUGAGCGCGUGUCCUCGCCCGCCGCAGUCCUAGGA